AAACUUCUUCAAGUUUCCACCAUAAAAAAAAAAACCACUCUUCAAGUUGUUCCUGAAUCUAAAUUCGUAGCCAUUAUUAUUACUUUCUCUCUAUCUUAUUCUCCAUGGCUAAUGACGCAGCUCUAAGGACCUCAUUGGUGUGGUUGGCUGUGGUAAUGGUGGUAGUAGGGAUAUGGACGCUUUCUUUCAAGAAAGUGAUUGUAACUUAUGUAUUGGGUGUGCUCGGGAUUGCUGGAGUGCUUCUACCUGAUCGGGAUUAUUUUGAUCGAGAUUACUCCAGGUGGUUUUCUCUUGUUAGUGAACAAGAUAAGCUGGCUCUUGCUCUAAGAUCUGGCCUCAGGCUUUGGAUUUCUCCUCUCAGAUUGGUUGUUUACACCGCCGUUUAUGGUUAUGCUUUGUAUAGGUGGUGGCUGUUCAUAUCAGAGUGAAGGGCCUUCGAUAAGCUCACACAAGGGGUUUGAGGGCUAGUUUCAAAUGAAAAUUUGUACAGUCGAGAAUUUUGUGUUUUGCAGAAUCGAUCUACAUAUGAUCAUGUGUUUUUGGCUGCUGAAGUUCAUCAUUGAUCAUAGGUAAUUCAGGAAUUCAUUCCUCUAUUGCAGAUUAUUUGUCACUAUGGAAUUUGAUAGUGAGCAUAUAUCGUUGACCAAAGUAAUGUAGCUCUCUUGACCAAGGCCCUGAAACCCUCGUUGUAACUUCAGUCGUAACUGUAACAGGAGAGCUUUGGGGCCUGUAAAUGAGCACAUGUAGCAGG